GGGGAGGAUAGUGGUUUUCGAGCUCCAGGGUGACGGUGCUGUCACUGGGCACAGAGAUGUCACCGUCCCUUUCACGAGGGCCUGGCUCUAACUCUGAGAGUGUCAGAGCGGGUUCCAGGACCUCUGGGUGUUUGGGGGCACUGACUGUAAAGGACAGUGCGGCGGAACAAAAACAGCUCGCUUCCUUGUCUCCCGAGAGCUCUCCUAGCCAUUGCUUGUGCAGACAUUCACCAGCAGGCUCCCACUGCGGCCCCUGCCUGACCUUGACCACCCUGCCGCUCAGCAGGGACGGCAGAGGACAGUGAGGUGGCUCACAGGGAAGGCUCACCUAGGCCAGUGGGGAAAGGCCUCCCUGAGCCAGAAACGUUUCUGUGUGGGCCUGGGGGACGCGAGGCGGAGUCAGCCCAGGAAAGGAAGGGGCUUCUUUCUGUGGAGGAAUAAGCAGGGAGUGAAAGCUGAAAAGGAAAUGGCCUUGAUUCGGUUGUAGGAGCGAAGGGGAGCCAUGCGGUGACCUCAGUUGGGGGAGUGUUGUGGCUGCCCUGUGGAAGAACCCCAAAGCCCAUCAGUAGGUGAACAUCAGCUGUAUGCCAGGAGAGUGUCGAGGCUGGCCCACCUUUGGAAGCUUGGAGCAAGGCAGGAAAAGGGUCACAGUCCCAGGAGGAGGUAUAAGUGCCCCAAGAGUGGGUGGUACAAAUGCUAAAUGCUUAUGAGAAGAAAAGGCUGGGAAGGCUUCCUGGAGGAGGUGGGAUUCUGGUUGGAACAAAGGAUGAAUUAGCUACAGAAAGAUCAGGAGAGCUGGGCAGGGUGUGCAGAGGCCACAAGGAGGGUAACGCUGGGGCUUUUAAAGACCCCAGGCAAGAUGUGCCAUUGAAAGUUUCUGAACAAAGUUUUAUGACCCAGCCCCCUUCUGCCAAGUGAGGUAGCAGUGAAAAGAUGGUUGUCACUGAGGAUGCGGGCCCUCACUAGACACCAAAUCUGCUGGCACCACGGUCUUCGACUUCCCAGUUUCCAGAACCGUGAGAAAAUAAAUUGUCGUUUACCGUAUAAGCCAAAAAAAAGAAAAAAGGAUUUAUGACCCAGACUUGAAGUUUGGCGAGGGACUGCAGUAAGAAAGAGGUCUGACACCUCUUGAGCACUUCCUCUGUGCCAGGUACCGUUCUAAAUGCGUUAUAUCUGUGAUCUUGGUUCCUUCCCGGAGCAAGCCUGUGGUUAUAGCUGUUGUCAAACCCUUUUACCCUCAACAGAAGAACAGGCGUGAAGAGACAAAGAACUCUCAGGCUCACUGAGAGAUGGCCCUGAACCUAGCCGCUGAUGAGUCUGCACUCAGCCGCUACAUAUUGUCAGCUGGGUGAAUCCACAAUUUCUUCAGUUUUUCUCCCUGGACCCCAGGUGCCAACCUCACCAAGAAGCCAAGCCUCACAGGUGGUGUGGGACGCUCCCCUCCCCUCCCUUCCCCUGCCGCAGGCAGUCCUAUUUGCUGCCCUUUCCAACUGCCUCUGCACCAGUGCACCUUUGCCUCUUACCCCAUGUCUCCUGGGAAUUGGAGAUUAUGAAAAAAUUUAUAUAUAUGUAUAUAUAUACAUACGCUCCAAAGGCAGCUAUAAUCUCUAACACUUUUGAAUAAGGAUGCCAUCAACCUGCAAAUAGAGGCCUUUCUGUGCUUUUGUGUUGCUUCACGGGAAAUUUGCACAGCUGUUACAACGCUGAGGACAGUGACUUGUCUGGGGGGCCUGCUGGCAGUAGCGCUGCUUCUCCUAGGGGCAGAGCUGUAGAUAAAACACAGCAGCCAAUUGGAUAGAAAACCUGCAGAAGGUUUGUAUUUUAUGUGCCUACUGGGUGAGCGUGAGAAGAGAAAGCCCAGGCUGUCUUGUUCCCAGAGUAAAAUAUAAGACCCGCCUCCCUUUGAGGAGCCUAUGCGGGUUAAUGAGGUAGUGAGCAUCGGUGAGAACAUCCAGGUGCAAGGGAUAGAGGACCCAGGAUGAAAACCAAGAACCAACAUUUCCUUCAUUUAUUUACCAAAUAUUUAAGAGCCUGCUAUGUGUCAGGCUCAGUUCCAGGCACUGGGGAUACAAUGAGCAACACAGCGUUCCCGUCCUCCUGGGCCUGACGUUCUGGUGGGGAAUCAGACUAUAAACCAAAGUAAAUAAGUCGGGCGCUCGAGAGAAGCAGGAGGAGGGUGUGCCUGGGCGAAGUGGCUGCCAUAUUAGGAUAAUUAGGCCGGAGUAUUUGGUGCAUGUGGAAUGUUAAAUAUUGUAAGUUGACAAGACUUGUCGGUACUAGUUCGUUUCCACCUCCAGAAGUUUCUAAUUUCAAAUAGGACCAAUACCUUUCGAUAUACCUUGUCACAGGGAACAGUGGGAAAGAGCCUCAAAUAGUGGGUCCCCUCGCAUUCGGACAUUUACGGUACCCAUAACGCGUGGCCGCCUCGGGACCCGCCUGGGGCGUGGGCCCCGCCCCCCGGAUCUUUGCGCACGCGCGUACGUGGAUCAGAGCGAGGCAGGGACUGGUCUUGGCCGGAGCCGGCGUCAGGCAGGGGUGGCGCGAUGAGCGGUUGGAUGGCGGGGGGCCGAGCGCAGCGGGCUGCGGCCCUCGGCCUAGCGCUGCGGGUACUGCUCAGCUUCGGGCUGGGCCUGGAGGCCGCCCCGACCUCGAUCCCGGCAUGGUCCUUGACCCAGGCCCCAGGCCCCAGCGCAGCCUCGUGCCCGCCCACCAACUUCCAGUGCAGGAGUGAUGGCCUAUGCGUGCCCCUCACCUGGCGCUGCGACGUUGACAAGGACUGCCUUGAUGGCAGUGACGAGGAGGAGUGCAGUACUGAGCCGUGUGCCCAGGAUGGGCAGUGCAAGCCACCCACUGGCAGCCCCUGCUCUUGUGACAGCAUCGAUGACUGCCCUGAUGGCAUCAACAAGAAUGUUCUCAACUGCGGGCACCAGCCCUGCCCGGAGGGAGAGCUGCGCUGCCCGCUGGGCGGUUCCUGUAUCCCACGCACGUGGCUCUGCGAUGGCCACCCGGACUGUUCCGACUCCAGCGAUGAGCUUGGCUGUGGAACCAAGACCCUCCAAGAAGGGAGUGCCACGUCCGUGGGGACCCCUGUGACCCUGGAGAGUGUCACUUAUCUCAGGAAUGCCACAGUCACCUCUGUCGGGGACCGGGACUCAGUUCAGUCUGGAAACCGAAGUGCCUAUGGGAUCAUUGCAGCUGCUGUGGUGCUAAGUGUAGGUCUGGCCGCCGCCAUCCUCUUCAUGUGGUCACGACUCUGUGCCCAGGGACGCCUGUCCCCGCUGGGGCUGCUGGUGUCUGUGAAGGGGUCUCUGCAGUCGGAGAGGACGGCCUCAGUUCUCUGAGGAUGAUUUCUUGCUGCCACGUCACACGGUCCCGAGUAUGGCAGGUAUGGGGACCUGCGCGUGGCUGUUGGCACACCAGCCCCCAGACCUGGGUUCUUCUGGCCACGUGGCGCCAAGUACCUGAGCUCCUGCAGAUGUGAUCGUGGAGG